AGAGAACAUUUGCUAAGAAGAACUGUUUGUAAAUGUACAACAGUCAAUGUAGCUGAAAUUUUACUUUUGUGUAUGCAACUCGUAACCAAACAUUCGUUGACAUGGAUAGCCUUAAUUGACAUUUUUAAGGAAAGAAAUUAGAUUUCAAAGAUACUGUGACGUGCACAUGUGGCUGUCAAUUAAGCUCUUCUAAAGUGGGAACAUUCUUUAUUGAAAGCGACGUGAGAGAUUAAUUAAAGAACCUUUUUUCAGAUCAAAUUGUCACUAAUAGUUCACAAGAACGAUUUAAUCGAAAAAAGAAAAAUGCCGAUGGACUUGAAGAUAUAUAUGAUGGACAAAUUUAUAGGGAAUAUGCUGAAAAAAGUAAUUGAUUAGGAAAUCCAAACAACUUGUCUUAUACGUUUAAUACUGAUGGCUGUCAAGCUGAAGAUCACUCUAAAGUUACAAUAUGGCCUGUAUAUUUAAUGCUGCACGAACUACCGGAUCAUAUGCGUAAGAAGAAUAUGCUGCUAGCAGGUCUAUGGGUAGCUAAAGAAGAACCUGACAUGAAUAUAUUUCUUGAGUCACUUGUUACUCAAGCGAAUGAGUUAUCUGAUAAAGGAUUUCAGUGGAUUCACAAUGGCAUAAAAAUAACAAGCAAAUUAUUCCCACUAGGAUGUUGUGUUGAUUCCGUCGCAAGAUGCUCAGUGGUAAACAUGAACAAAUUUAACGGCUACAACGGUUGUACUUAUUGCGAGCAUCCAGCACAAUUAGUCAAUAAUAUUUGUAAGUAUCCUAUGCAAAACGACGUACCAGCUAACCGAUCAGAUGAAUCAAUCAAAAGACAAAUGUUUGAAACUUAUCAACAGAAUUCAGGUGAUAUACAAGGAGUUUGGGGGCCAUCCUCUCUUAUGAAUAUGAAGCAUUUUGAUUUAGCAAGAGGAAUGAUUUUAGACUUCAUGCAUUCAUGCUUAUUGGGAGUUACGGAGUUGUAUACAAGAAUUUUGUUAGAAAAUGCACAAAAAGAAUAUUACAUCGGUUCUCCAGCUAGAAUCGAUAUUAUUAAUAAUCGAUUAAUGUCAAUGAGACCACCAACGUGCAUUGCGAAAACACCAAGAAGCAUUAAAGAACGAAACAUGUGGAAGACAUCAGAUUGGAUGAAUUGGCUGUUGUUUUACUGCAUGAUAUGUUUUAAAGGAAUUUUAAAACCCAAAUACUACAAUCAUUUAGCUUUGUUUGUAGCAGCUAUAAAUAUUUUUUUAGAGGAUUCUACAACACCAACAAUGCUAGAAGAAGGAAGAAUUUUAUUAAUAAAAUUUAUAUUUUAUUUCGAAGAAUUAUACGGUGCACAGUAUAUGUAUUAUAAUGUUCACCUACUGUUACAUCUGUCUAAAAAUGUUAAGAAUUGGGGCCCAUGAUGGGCAGACAGUAUUUUUCCUUUUGAAAACCAGAAUAUGUUAUUACUUAGAAUGAAAAAAUGCAACUAUCGAAUUGCAGAACAAAUAGUAAACAAGCUUCUGUUAUAUCAACAACUUCCUUUGCUACAAAAUGAAAAUUGUAUAUCUUUGAAGAUUAAAGAAUACUGUAAUAAUUUUAGUAAGCAGAGAGUCAACAAUUGUAGUAAAAUUAAAGGCUGCACUUUAAUAGGUUCGGGUAAGGUAUGUGUAUGUACAUUUAGUGUAAGAGAAAAAAAAUGCUUUCUUAAUUUUGCUGUCAUAAAAAAAAUUACUGAAUGUAA